AUGGAAGAGUUCGAAGAAGAGCGCAUAGGAAUACAUAAAUCGGUAAACCUCCACGCGAAGAGGCUGAUAACGUCCUACUACUCCAUUCUUGAGUCGUGCCAGAUCGACAUUACUCGGGAUUCCAUACUAAGGACCCAGGUUGACAACUUCCAGGUCAAGUUGCACAACGACGCUUUCGUAAGUUCCUUGAAAACCAGUGAUUCCUUAGCUUCACUCAGCCAGGAGUCUGUACACAAUAGCCUCGGAUCUGGCUAUAAACUGGCUUCUUCACACGCCAAAGUUGCUAGACUACCGCUACGUGGAGGCUCGGAAGAGCGACACUAUGAAUCUGUACGAUUUGAGGGAGAAGAUUAG